GUAUAGAGGAGAGUAGGAUUUAUUGAAAGAGAUAGCACAUGCUCAGGUGUGAGUCUGGGCAACCUCUCCUUAGGAGGAGGGCAGUGCUGCUGCCCAUACCAGCAGGUCAUCCUUUUAUAGGCUAGGGGAUGGUGCCCAGGAAGGUUAGUAUUCGAAGGUGGUGGGGUUUAGGCAGGACUUAAGUACCACUGGCUUUGAUGUCACUUUAUUGGGGAUCUCAGAAGUAUCAUGGUGUCUCCGUGCAGGACUGGAGCACACAGUGCUCCUCUCUAGGAAGGCGUCAAGACAGCUUAUGCACCAUAGGAAGCGAAUUGAUCUCCUUGUUCUUUAGUUUUUGUAAUAGCCAAUAGAUAGGAUCAAGAAGGAGAGGCCUCUUAGAUGUAUGACUUAAGGUACUGAAAAAUGUUCUGAGCAAGAAGGACAAAAAGAAAAAUGACCAGAAGGGAUGUCUAGAGUCCCAAGAGUAGUUAGCAUUCCACCCAGGGGAGAAGCUUAUGUCAGAGGAGUGCAAGGGUCCCAUGCUGGUACCAAGUGCUAAUCUGGACCUCCAGGGGUCCUGAGUCUUCUCUGGGUCCCACGUUGGGCACCACAAUACUGUUGAUGGAAAUAAGCACGAUCUGUAAAAGGACAAAUUUAAGGUGUAUCCAGGGCAGAAGCCCAGUGACUUUCAAUGAGACUUGGGAAGUGUUCUAUAGUGGUCAGUUCUUGUGAGAAUUUAUAAUUUAUGUAUCGCACAGUGAGCACACAUUGGCUUGGCCUUAAAAGAUGGGAUUUAGGUAAAGGGGGGAGAAUAAAUUUCUAACUGCUUGAGAAUUGUUUUCUUCAUCUUCAGGGCCAGGGAGUGUAUUGUCUGUUGGAAAGCAGCUAUUGAAAAGAUUACAGAUUAAAUUUGGGAGAAUUUUUCUGAGAAUAGAUAAGAAAUAUAUCAACAAAGGAUAGCUCAGGGUUGUUCCAGAUGUACACAUCACCCAAAUCAAACUAACCUAAUAAGAGUAAUAGCUCAGUGCCACCACUCAGAUAAGUCUAGUGAGUGUUUCUCUUCCAUGGGAUUCAGGCCAUUUUAGGCCCUUUGAUCUCAGAGUUAAAAGGACUAAAAUCACUUCUUCUCUUUCAAUACUUACAUACUGGCAUGCUCUCAGUUUUCAAAUAUUUGUUUAUUCCACUCCAAGAAAUUAGACUUUAACUCUCCAAACAUUUGAAAAGAAGAGCGAAUCUCAUUGUCAGAGGCUGAAACCAGCAUAGGUAAUAACUGGAUGUUCUUUGCCACUGAGUUUAGAAGAAUAUAUAAGAGACUAGAGAUGAACUCUUUUAGCUCCUUUUUUGUCUCUUUGCAUCCUGAAAAAUCUGUCUCACUGUUUCAAAAUUAGGCCUGGCCUAAUACAUCGAGUUAUACUUGGUUUUUGGACAGGGUCCAGCAGUCAUAGCCAAUACUGACAGUCUGUAAAGGCCAAAGAGAAAGAGACUGUCACUGAUGCAAAACAAGGAUAACUACGAAGUGAUGGUAUUCUUGUGUGGCUCAGAAUCUGUCUUCAUAGGUUGAUCUGGAAGCACAGUUCCUCUGGAGUGCUGAUUGCAUCUUUUUUAAAAAUGUGCAGAAGGAGCACUACUUGCUGCAAGCACAGGGGGUGGAGGCUGGGGCAUGGGCUUAGGAGGCAGCAUGUUUCUUGGUGCUGGGGUCAGGGAGCUGGUGCAUGUCCUCCUGCUGGAGAACACUGAGAGGCAAGUGUAGGGACUGAUGGAGUACUAGGUUCUCAGGCAAUGCUUUGUUGCAAAUCCUUGAAGAGUUCCCCUCUAGCUGUCUUCCAUGCAAAUACUGUAUGAUUGUAUUUGUUCUGGAACUUGACCAGGAUUUCAGCAGUAGCUCAUUGUAAAACUUGGCACCCUCUUUCAAAAUAGCGAUUCAUCUGGCUCCUGUAGGGACUGGGAUGUUGCACCAGAUGUCACAUAAACCCUUGGCUCAGCCCUUCCUGCGCAGGCCCAGCAUCCGCCGCAUCCAGGAUAUCCUAGAUGUUGCCAAACGUCCAUGCCCAUGGGCUAUAAUCCUUACUCCCACAGCAGGUAUAACCUGCAUUUUCCUCCAGCUUAUCACCGAAGACCCCAGCAACUUUCAUAUCCCUUCCCUACCAGCAGAGCAUCUGGGUGAUGCAUCGGAGCUGGACUCUUGGCUUCCCACUCACCGCUGUCUUAAGUCACGCAUUGCUUUUUUCCUUAUCUCAGUUUCUUCUACAGACAACCAGAGCAUUAAACAGAAAAUGAAUGUGCAGGCCUUAGUGCCUGGCCAGUGGGCCAACAUGCAGCUGUCCCUUUCCUUUGUCCCUCUUAUUCCCGACUCCCCUGUAGUUCUUUAAAAGCCCCAAACACCCUGUCUAGCAGGGUGGUGGUUCUUGAGACCCUGAGGUCUGCCAUGCUUUCAUCUGUCAGCUGAUUAAGUGUUCUCUUCCCUUCAUCCCAAACCUUGGCCUCAUUAUUUUGAUUGGCACUGGGGACAGGGACUGAGUUCUUGGUAACAGGCUAUGUACCCAUGAAGACAACAGGUCCAAGUGCCAUGUCCAUUCUCUAGAAAAGUAUAUGCAAAAUAAUUCUAAGUGAAGAUGAAUACAAAAUAGUGAAUUUACACAGACCAUUUAAUGGAAAUGAAAAUAUUAGUCCAAAAAUCACAGCUCAUUUUAAGUUACAUAAAACAGUCUUUAUUUUUCUUCACAUUUGUUUAAACUCCUAAUAAAAUAGAAGAAAACUUUUAUUUUGGAAAACUGCUACUUCCAAAUUCUUCCUGAACAAAUCUUUAAGCAAUGUCUUUUCAUCAUUUUACUGAGAUUAAUGCUUAGGACAUCAGACAAUUUCUCUUCAAACAUUUAUAAAAAAAAAAAAAACCCUUUCAAGUCAGUGAAUCAGAAAAUCAAGCAUGUUUUCCACACAAAGGGUAGAGCCUUCAAACCACCUGGGGAAGAAGGAAGUUGAAAGAGGUUAAAUACUGGGGCUGCCUCUCUCCUGUCAGCAUAGAGGUCUAGCUUCCCAGUCGACAUGAAGGCGCUCCUGAUGCUGGGGCUCCUCCUCCUUUCCACCACUGUCCAGGGCAAGAUCUAUGGAAGGUGUGAGUUGGCCAGAACUCUGAAGAGAUUUGCCUCGGAGGGCUUCAGGGGAAUCAGGUUGGCGAAAGUCUCCACUCCUUCCAACUUCCCGAGACCGAAGCCCAGCCUGUUCCCCAAUGCUAUUGAUAGAGAUUCUGUUGGGCCCCAAUAUCUCUCCCCUGGGAUGUGUUUGACCAAAUGGGAGAGCAGUUAUAACACACGAGCUACAAACUACAACCCUGGAGACGGAAGCACCGAUUAUGGAAUAUUUCAGAUCAGUAGCCGCUACUGGUGUGACGAUGGCAAAACCCCACAAGCAGUUAAUGCCUGUCAUAUACCCUGCAGUGGCUUAGUGGACAGUGAGAGAGAGAGAAAGCGAGAAAGGUCUUCCUUACCGUUGAUUGACCCUCCAAUGGCCACUGUGGCCGGCGCUCCGUGCUGAUCCGAAGCCAGGAGCCAGGUGCUUCUCCUGGUCUCCCAUGCGGGUGCAGGGCCCAAGGACUUGGGCCAUCUUCCUCUUGACUCCCGGGCCACAGCAGAGAGUUGGCCUGGAAGAGGGGCAACCGGGACAGAAUCCGGCGCCCCGACCAUUACGAGAACCUUGUGUGCCGGUGCCGCAAGGUGGAGGAUUAGCCUAUUGAGCUGCGGUGCCAGCCUUCUGUUCAUCUUAAAGACAGAAUUCUGACUCCUAUCCAGUCUCUUUCCAUGUUCUGCAAAGGUGGGGGUCUUCUCCACAUACUUCCAGGAUUUGGAAUGCAAACGGACACUCUGCUUUUGCCCUUGGGAUGCAACUAUCCUGCUUACUUCUCCAGGAAGAAAGAAACAGCUGAAGCGGGCCCUCUCCUCAAGUUUGCUUCACUAUGAAGAAAUGACUUUGCAAGCUGAAGACCUGUUAAUUUGAAACAGGUGUUUGUGAAUUCUUUGGUUUUUUGUUUUUUUGUUUUGUUUUGUUUUGACCGGAAGAGUGGACAGUGAGAGAGACAGAGAGAAAGGUCUUCCUUUGCCGUUGGUUCACCCUCCAAUGGCUGCUGUGGCCGGUGCACUGCGCCGAUCCGAAGGCAGGAGCCAGGUGCUUCUCCUGGUCUCCCAUGGGGUGCAGGGCCCAAGCACUUGGGCCAUCCUCCACUGCACUCCCGGGCCACAGCAGAGAGCUGGCCUGGAAGAGGGGCAGCUGGGACAGAAUCCAGCGCCCUGACCGGGACUAGAACCCGGUGUGCCGGCGCCGCAAGGCGGAGGAUUAGCCUGUUGAGCCAUGGCGCAGGCCUAGGUGUUUGUCAAUUCUUUGCUUCUUGUUCCAAACAAGAAGGCAACAGAAAUAGCAAGGAUAGAUGACCUCAGGGCUUUUAAAAAAUGUCUUCCGGUUUCAGCCACUAUCAACAGCACAGCUGAGACCACGGCACUACAUUUCAAAUACAUGUUCUAAUUUGAAAUGAGGAGAGAUGCUAAAAAGUGACACAUAUUGAUGUCUUCAAUCUUGACUCCUCCUGAGACACAGAUUUACUGAAUAAACUGAGGUCUGAUGUUGCAAUUAAACCUUUGAUGUGACAAAAAAGCAUAAAGAGAAGAAAUCCCGGUUAAUUUUGUAUGUGAAUAAGUCUUCAGUUUCUUGUCAAAUAUGCAUAUUUACCUGGGGCUACCCACAAUUUUGGUUGAAAAGAGGAAUUUUGGCCGGCGCUGUGG